CACCUUUUUCAAAAUUCAAAUCUAAAUCCCCUCGUGUCAUCACCUUAAUCCUCUCAUCCUCACACAAGCAAGAAUUCUUACUGAGUUAUUCUUAUACUUUUCAUAUUAACAUUACAGUACAUAAUACUACCAAAACCAGGCAGCUUCCUUUUACAUUUGAUGAAUCUUGAUCCCAUAUAUAGCAUCAAAAACGAAGAAAGUGAUGGGAAAUCAUUGCGGGAAAAGGAAACAGAUUGCUCUGUCGAAACAGGAGAUGACAGCAGUUGGCCCCACUUCGAGGAAGAGGAUUACAUAGUUUUCUGCUUCUCCGAGGAUGGAGAAAUUCAUGCAAUGGAGGAUAGGAAAUCAGAGCCUUCCAAUAAUCUUCCUAGUACAAACAAAAAGUUGAGACAUGUUAGCCGCAAGCUGAAGUACGGGGAAAAUGAAGAGAAAAACUAUAGUGGGAGCUACAGAGACAUUGUUCUAUCAUUUGAAAAGGGUGAGGAGAGCGGGAGCGGAGAUACGGAUGCAGAGUGGGAAGGAGAAGAAGGGACUAAAGAGACAAUUUGCCCAAGAGAGGAGGAGGGCAUUUUGGAACCUUCUGGAUCAAGUGCCUAUGAUCAUCCCUCAAAUGCCAGUAGAGGUUCCUUUGCCUUUCCAGUGUAAGUUGAACUUCAUUCACAUCCAGUCACUUCAGUGUUUUUUAGUGUGUUUCUUGAAUUCAUAUGUACUUAUGAGAGCUUUGGAUAUUGCAGAUUAGGGUGGGAGUGGGUGGGAAGUCCAGUUCACAUGCCUAAACCAGAUGGUCCAUAUUUAAAGAAGCAUAGAGCCCGUCGCCUUUUCGUACAAUGUUGUAGAUUUUGAUUCACUCUGAUCAAGUUUUCAUUUUUACAAUUGGUACAAUUGUUAUGUCAGGAGUACAUUUGGUCAUACAAAACCUCAAGACAAAUGGAGUGUCCACUUUAAAGUACAUUUCUUUCUUGCUUGGUGAUAGAAAGAAAAAAAUAUAAAUAUUGGUUUAUUAUUUGAUUGUGUUGUGUAUAGGAAAUAUAGGCAAUUUCUAUGUACAAUUACAAUUUUCUGUGUUUUAUUUGUUUCCAAAUAGGUUCGUUCAUGUGAGCUUGUUUAUGCAGUUGUAGGCUUGUAGCCAAUUAUUACCUUCAAUUGAUACAUACACAAAUCUUCAGGAUAGACCCUAAAAAUGGAGCAGAUAAUCUAAAUUCAUUUAAAUCUUCUUUUUUGGAUGGAUAGUGAUGAGGGGAAGAUUUUGAAGAAUUAAGUCUAUAAAUGUUGGCGCACAUUUGAAAUUUUAUACUCCGUACAAAUUAAAGAAAUUGACUCGGGCCAGUCCGGUUCCGGUUCCGGGC